AUGGGACCCGGCGGUGAUGAAGCAUUAGUGGGGGAGGAGGUGCCGCGGGAUUGGACGCCACAGGAGAAGGCUCUACAUGAAGCCAAAGUCAAGGCCAAAGCCAAACACCGAAUCAGACGGACGUCGUCACGUGACUCUGCGCGGGAACCCGACAUCUCCGAAUGUCCCACGGAGCCCCUCAGUCCUCGGGGGGAAAGUGGCGCUGGGGGGAAGGGCGUGUGGGGAGCCCCAGGGCAGGUCUAUGGAGAUCAAGAACUUGAUGUUCGAGACCCAAACUAUGACGAGUCUGAUCAGGGUGACACGGUGUAUCAGAAGGUGGUUCCUGAGUUAGAUGAAGUGGGACUGCAGAAGAACGUGCAACCAAUGGUGCAAGAAUACUUUGAGCAUGGAGACACUGGGGAAGUUAUAGCUCUGCUGAAGGAGCUGAAUUUAGGGACCAAGUCUCCGGGGGUGGCCCGUGUAGCAGUGUCUCUGUCCUUAGAAGGAAAGGCCAGUCAUCGAGAAUUGACUUCACGGCUCCUAUCGGACCUUGUGGGAAAGGUUCUGAACCCUGAAGACAUAGCUCGGGCAUUUGACUUGGUGCUGACUGACCUGCCUGAUCUCAUACUGGAUACCCUUGAGGCACCGCAGAUGCUCGGUCAGUUUAUUGCCCAAGCUGUUGCAGAUCACGCACUCCCACUAAAUUUCCUGGAUCGCUACAAGGGCCGAGUAGACUGCGAGCAUGCACGAGCCGCUGUGGACUGCGCUGCAGUGUUGCUGCGGAUCAAGCGAGAGAUCAUCCGACUGGACAAUGUGUGGGGUGUUGGGGGUGGGCAGCGACCAGUUAAGCAUCUCAUUAAGGAGAUGAACCUGCUCUUACAGGAGUUCAUGCUCUCGGGGCAGGUGGAAGAGGCCGAGCACUGCCUUCGUGAUCUUGAGGUUCCUCACUUCCACCAUGAAGUUGUGUAUGAGUACCAAAGCUGGACUUACAGUCAUCCAGUUGCUCCAUACUGUGUCUUCUACUGA